AAACAAACAUGGCGGCGAAUAGCGAGUCAAAACAAGAGUUGCACGCAAAAAAUCUUGUAGAUAAGCUGUAUGAAUAUCGUGACCACUACUGUGAAAGAUAUGGUGUGGAGAAAGCAGUUGAUCGUGCUAAUGAUGUCAAGAAACUCAUGGAGGAAACCUUGCAGGAGGUUGAGGCGGCUAAAGACAAAAUAACCAACAAGGCGGAAUAUAACAUGUUACUUGGCCGAAUACUGAAUGUUAUGCCAGACUAUGAUGAAAAGGCUUAUGAGUAUCUAUCAAAGGCUGUCAAGUUAGACCCAAAGCUUGUCGAUGCUUGGAACCAGCUUGGAGAGCUGUACUGGAAGAAAGGAGAUAUAUCUAAUGCCCGUAACUGCUUUACAGGGGCUCUAACACAUUCGAAAAAUAAGCUAUCGCUGCGCAGUUUGUCCAUGGUUCUGCGGCAAGUGAACGUAACACCAGCUGAAAAGAUUGCGCUGAUUGAGGAGAGCGUAGAAAAAGCAAAAGAGGCUGUGCAGAUGGACAUCUCUGACGGAGAGUCAUGGCUGAUCCUAGGAAAUGCGUAUUUUUCCCUGUUCUUCUCCAAGGGCCAGAAUCCUAAGAUCCUCACACAAGCAAUGAGUGCUUACAAACAAGCAGAAAAAGACGUAGUUGCUAAAAAUAAUCCUGAUCUUCACUUCAACAGAUCAUCGGUGUACAAGUUUGAGGAGAACUAUCAGGCGGCCCUGGAGGGUUAUGCACACGCGGCCCUGCUUGACCCAGGCUGGACAGACCCCAACGUGCAGGAGCAACGACUUCUGACAUACCUCGCAAGCGUCGCAGAGAUGGUACAGGCUAAGGGUAAGGUGCGUGGCAAGCGUCUUCAGACACUGUCACAGUCUCCACGUGAUUCAGCCCUCGGACCGUACGCUGGUGGGAGCUACACAAGCGCAGCAGGAAAGACGAUAAAACUCAUGCGGUGUUCAUUUAAGGAGCUGGAAGUUGGGCUAAAUGCUGAGAAAAUUGUUCUUGGCAAGGUGGCCUGCACAGUCCCUAAUGCAGAGCUGGUGCCAUUCACAUUUUGUAUGCUCGAUGAAGCGGAGAUGUGUAUGCCUGUUAACGUGUACAACCUUGCGCAGGGGUCAGGGGUCAAAAUUGGGGACACUGUGGCAAUACCAGAACCCUUCAUUCAACAUAUUAAAGUUAGCCAUAAGGGCAAGGAGUUUGACUAUUUAAGUGUUCGUGUAAGCACACCGGUAGUCCUUGUGGUGAACGGCAGGAAGUUGGGGCGAGACAAGCAAGUGGGAACUGUAUUAGUGGUAGAUAACCUGUGUGACUAGGAGAUUAUAACCAUCAACCCAGAAUUAGUGGGUGAUAACCUAUAUGACUAGAGUUGUAUUUGGGUCAAAGUCAAGAGAUAUUCAACUGGAGGUGAUUGGAAUAAACAUGCAUGACGCUCCACUGAGGAUGGGAAUAGAAAUACGAAAUCAAUAUGGCGGCUAAUUCGCUUUUGAACCAGUUUGUUUGAUAAAGAACUUUAUUUUUCAAAUCUUGGCUGUGUAAGGCAGUGAAUAGAAGAGCACAAUGUAGCAAGCCCAAGUCAAAGGAGGCCUCAUAAAUUAUUCUGAUUUUGGUUGUAUUUUUUUUUGUAUUUUUAUUAUGUUUAAAUUAUUUGGGCUUUUUGGUCAUAAUGAAAUAAUCAUGUGAACAUAGUUUUGUAAAUUAAUUGGUGCUUAAAGAUUAAGAAAAUUUCAACUGCUGAAUAGUAUGAACUUAAAUGAUCAAAAGAUCUACGAUACUCACUGGUGUAAUGAUGAUUGUUACAACAAUAAAAGAAGGUGCUGAUGUUUUGCCGUGGAAGAUUAGUACCAGUUUCAAAGUUGUUGAAUGACAAGUGUGCUGUUGUAGUAAGUGAAUCUCAAGAGAAUCUUUUAAAACAUAUAAUUUGCAAAUGUUGCCCUUCAUAGGCUCCUUGGCCAAUUUGCAAAAAUAUCUUUAACGUGUCUGUUCUUUGGCAAAAAAAAAAGUUUCAGUAUUGCGAUAGCCUUUGUGUUAUUGGUUUUGUUCACUUCGGCAUCUCAACUGUUCACACCAUUACUAAAAAAAUGUUUGGUACCCACAGAUCCAUUAUUUUUUGUAUGAUAAUUAUUGUGUUAUGAGCUUGUUCAUAAAAUACAACAACAGAUGAACAUUUGUGUAACCUUUGCGAUUCUCUUGAUUAAGGAUGGCCUUGACUUGUGGUAAAUAAUGCAUUAUAUUGGUGAUCUCAACAAGAGUGUAUCAAAUGAAUAGCAAUAGCAAGUAUGUAAUCAUUCAUUUUUUGGAAAAUAUUGCAUCACAAAAUAUUACAAUACAAGACACUACAUUGCAAGUUCAUACUCAUUUUCAUAUUUUGCAAAGAACAUACAUGUAGUAUUCUGCAUGGGUCUUCAAACAUAGAGUACAUAAUAUAUGUUAUAUUUCUCUUCUUACUUGGAUUAAUUUUAAAAUAUUUCAAUGCUUAUCAUAUGUGUAGUUUUUUAUAAUGAGAGUUGAGAAUUCACAUAUUGUAUGACAAUUUUUAUAUUGAUUCAAAGAUCACUUAAUUUUGCUCUUGUUAAAGGCUUGACGGUAAAUUAUUGGUGUUAAUAUUUUUGUAAGUCACACUUAUACUUUCAUUUUUGAAGGCUGUGAUAUGGCUGUGAUACCUUAAAAAGACACUUCGUAAAACCAAGAUUAUAGAUUUUCAUUCUCAUUAAUUAUUUACUAGACUAAUGUCUGUAAAACUUUGAUUUUUUUUACAAUUUUUCAAUAUGAAUGUUAACGCUUCAUGCUCAAUCAGAUUAUUGUUGCUGAAAGACAUGAACUUAUGCUUGUUAAAGAGUCUACAGAUUAAAUUAUUUUGUAUUAUUUAAAUAUGUUCAUAAGAUUGUCAGGAAGAUGGUUGAUGAUAUUUUGUCAACCUGAUAUUUUAAAAGAUUAAAUAAAUGAAAAGUAAUAAAUCA